CGGCGCAGCUGACGCCGCGGCCCGCGGAGACCCCGGCCGUCCGGCCCCGAGCGAGCGGCCGCCGCCGGCCCAGGCCACGAUGGCGGGCAAGGCGGCCGCCCCGGGCACCGCGGUGCUGCUGGUCACGGCCAACGUGGGCUCGCUCUUCGACGACCCAGAAAACCUGCAGAAGAACUGGCUGCGGGAGUUCUAUCAGGUCGUGCACACGCACAAGCCGCACUUCAUGGCCCUGCACUGCCAGGAGUUUGGAGGGAAGAACUACGAGACCUCCAUGUCACACGUGGACAAGUUCGUCAAAGAGCUGUUGUCAAGUGACGCCAUGAAGGAGUACAACAGGGCUCGCGUCUACCUGGACGAGAACUUCAAAUCCCAGGAGCAUUUCACGGCACUAGGAAGCUUUUAUUUUCUUCAUGAAUCCUUAAAAAACAUCUACCAGUUUGACUUUAAAGCUAAGAAGUAUAAAAAAGUCACUGGCAAAGAGAUCUACUCGGACACACUGGAGAGCACGCCAAUGCUGGAGAAGGAGAAGUUCCCGCAGGACUACUUCCCCGAGUGCAAGUGGUCAAGGAAAGGCUUCGUGCGGACGAGAUGGUGUGUCGCGGACUGCGCCUUUGACUUGGUGAACAUCCAUCUUUUCCAUGACGCUUCCAACUUGGUCGCUUGGGAGACAAGCCCGUCCGUGUACUCGGGGAUCCGGCACAAGGCUCUGGGCUACGUGCUCGACAGAAUCAUCGACCAGCGAUUCGAGAAAGUGUCCUACUUUGUGUUUGGAGAUUUCAACUUCCGGCUGGAUUCCAAGUCCGUGGUGGAGACUCUCUGCACACAGGCCACGAUGCAGACAGUGCGCGCCGCCGACACCAACGAGGUGGUGAAGCUGAUAUUUCGCGAGUCGGACAACGACCGGAAGGUGAUGCUUCAGCUGGAAAAGAAAGUCUUCCACUACUUCAACCAGGAGGUUUUCCGAGACAACAACGGCACCGCGCUCUUAGAAUUUGACAAAGAGCUGUCUGUUUUUAAGGACAGACUGUAUGAACUGGACAUCUCGUUCCCUCCCAGCUACCCGUACAGCGAGGACUCCGGCCAGGGCAGACAGUACAUGAACACGCGGUGCCCCGCCUGGUGCGACCGCGUCCUCAUGUCUCCGUCCGCCAGGGAGCUGAUUCUGAAGGGUGAAGACGGACGGGCGACAUUCAGGAGGUGGCACACCGCACUGGGUGUUGGGACGUUUGGGCUUCCUGUGGCCUCCUGACUUUCCAGAAUCUUCCGUGUCCACAUUCCAAUACAAAAAGAGUGUUUUCAGAAGGAUGCAGGCCUACACUGGUUUUGUCCACCCGGUAGUGAAGAAGCAUCACCCUGGGGUGAGGUGGGCGUGCCGUGGUCCAGUGCCCAGUGUUCAGAGCAGACGGGGGCACAUCUUAGGUGGGGGCCGUCCCCGGGACCGCUCGGCUGGGCCCUGGGUCCUCCCCCGGGGACGCGGAGCGCGCUGGGCCAACGGGGGUCACGGCCAGGAGGGCAGAGCCCCCCACGUGCCGCCCCACCACACACCUCCCCGGUGCCCCCUACCCCGUGGGCCCCCACUGCCCUUUUCCUCGAGGGCCCAGCUCUCCACGUUCUUCCCCGAGCCCAGAGCGGCCUGGGCCCGUGGAGAGGAAGCCGGCUGGGGGACUGGGCUGGAGGCAGGGGCUUCGAUGGGUCUGCGGCAAGCCUGCCGUGGCGGGGCCUCGGCAGCCCUACCCCGGGCGGUGUGCAAGGCCCGCACCCGCCUAUGGCCCCCUGGCCCCCGGGGCCCCUCCCCCACUGGCCUUCCUGGCUGACGCUGCAGGGGGCCACAAGCCCACAGACCCGGGGCCUGCCCGGCGCCCGCCGUGGACGCAGCGGUGCCCGCCCUCUGGCGCUCGGGAGACGGCCGCGUGCGGUCGCGUGGAGGCCCACGGCAUCGCAUACCUGCCGGCCCUGAGCGCGUGGGGUGAGCUGGGCACGGGGCCGCAGCCGGCAUGGGGCCCCCGGGGCCUCGGGGACAGACAAGGGACAAGCCGUCUACCAGGGAAAACAGCCACGACCAAGGAAACCGCGUUUGCAGUGAACUCUCGGGAGCCAGCUGCCGAGCACUAUCUCUGGUGCGCCGCCCGGGCUCGACGUGGCUCCGUGGAAGGGGCUUCCCGCUCUUCUGUGUUCUCUCACGUCUUCUCCGAGCUUUGAUGCCUCAGCCCUGGAAGGGGGGGUGGGGGCCGGAGCUGGAGGGGAGGGUCCCCCCCCCCAACAGACGUCCCCCCGGCCCUCCCGGGGGGCUGCCCGGCGGCAGCGGGCCUUACAGCGGGAGCAGACGCGCACCGCGAGCAGCCCCUCGGCCUCAUCCAUCAUGCCACGCUCCGCCACCUCGUCAUCAUGUCCCGUUCUGCUUCCCCGGCCCUAAAACACGAAAGGUGGCGGGCUGGCGGCGCGGGCUGGGAUCCGCGGGGAUGAUCGCGUUGCUGUAAUUUGUUUAUCUGUCUCGAGAUUAUGCGGUUGGAAGUCCACAAUUUUAUGCUGCCGUUGUAAAUUACCGGGCCGCGUUUGAUGAAUGUCCCCUCCUUCCGCGAGGCCGCGCCUGCCCCGUGAAGGAUGGGGCGUGCUCGCGCGCGCGGUGCCGGUUAGGUGUUCAUCCUUUCUGGCAGGCGACCACGCGGGAAAGUGCAUCUGACCUGGAGCCUCCUACUGCAUCCAAGAUAAUUCAGUUUUAACUUUAUAGUCUCACACGCUCCGGCUGCAGGUGUAAAAAUUCCGGCCCAGUCGGAGCCGACUGAUGGCCGGCAGCGGACCCUCAGGGUCGCACCCAAAAUACCGGCGGCCGCGGGCUGGCAGAGCCGGCGAGGAGGGAGGAGAGCCGGUGUGCGCGCAGCGCUUAAUUAACGUGUGCAGAGUGCCCCGUGCAGCAGCGGGGGGUCGGUGGCGGCUGCGUCCUGUGAACCGAGUUCCGGGUUAAUACAACAGGCUGUCAGAACAGAUGUACACGGGGCAUCCGGAGCCCGAUGAGCUGCUCCAGUGCUGGGGGGGGGGGGGGGGGGCAGCCCGGGAAAAAAGCUCACGGCGGCACUAACUGCCGUUGAGCAAGGGCUCUGGCAGGGGCACGUGCCGCGGCCCCCGGCCCGACUCCCGUCCAGGAGCAGGGAGGGUCGGGGGCUCCCAGGGCUUCCAGAACGUUGUGCGUGCUGGCCGGCUUCUCCCUCUGAGGGGCCGGCCAGAGACCUGCAUGCAGGGAGCUGGGGGGAGGGGGGGGGCGGUA